AUGCCGGACUGCCAGGAAAGUGGUGGGAAAGGCACCCCCACCACCAAGAUCUCCUUCUCCAUCCUGGAUAUCCUGGAUCCUCAGAAGUUCACCAAGAAGAAGAAGAGCCUCCCGGAGGGGAGGGAAGAGGAGAGCCCCCCGUCCCAGACGGAGAAAAGUUUGGAGCGGGUCGAUCCCGGGAGAAAAAGCAGCAGCCACCCAAAGAAGAAGACCGAGGCGUCCCAGGAUGCAAAAGGCAACCUCGGAGAGCUUGGAGCAUCCCUGGAAGCAUCGGAACCAGAGGCACUUGAUGGUGAGGCCAGGAGUCGCCUAGCAGGGCCGGGCUCCCCCUUGCUGGACUUCCCUGCCUCCUCUUCUUCACCCUCGGACCCAGGGGAGCCCUUCUCCCCCCUGCCGCCUCUGCCGUCUUCCUCGAAACGUCGCCGGUUGGAGGUCAGCAGCUGCUCCAAGCCCCGUCGGGCCCGGACGGCCUUUACUUAUGAGCAGCUGGUAGCCCUGGAAAACAAGUUCAGGGCCACCCGGUACCUGUCAGUGUGCGAGCGCCUCAACCUGGCCCUCUCGCUUAGUCUCACAGAGACUCAGGUCAAGAUCUGGUUCCAGAACCGGAGGACCAAGUGGAAGAAGCAGAACCCAGGUCUCGAUGGCACUGGACAGCCUGGGAGCAACACAGGGAACCCCCCUGGAGGUGGUGGUGGAGGAGGAAGGGUGUGCAGUCCCAGCCCCCCAGGCCCCAUUGCCUUAGCUUCCUACCAGACUUUCCCCUCGUACGCCCCUUCCAACCUCCUCUUCCCAGCCCCGGCACCUCUUUCUUUGGCGGCAGCCCCAGGAGGGGGACCCUUUCCUUCCUUCCUCAGCCCCACAUAUCUGGCCCCCUUUUAUAGCCCACACUUAUAG